UGCUUUCUGUGCUCCGAGCUCUCAUAUUUUUGCAUGAGUAGUUUACAAACUGCUCCAGUUUUGAACUUCUCUCUCGCCCUCCCUCCCCCGCUCUCUCUCUCUCUCUCUCUCUGAAGGUGGGGGCAGAGAGCCAUUAGCUGAGCGCUGCAGACAUCAUUAGGAGGGGAGACGCUUUCCACCGUCAGCGCCGGAGCAGAGCAGGGGAGCCCUGGCAACAAGGAGAGACACAAACUCAACAGCCCGCUACACCCCGCAGGAAUUGUGACCACAACUGCCGACAUACAGACGUGAAUAGACGGCGCACACUUCUUCUCCCUUGCUUUCUGCUGGUGGAGAGAUCAAGGCUUCACAUCAGGAACUACGACUGCAAUCCGUUGUCAGCUCUCAGCUGAGCAGAAGGCUCCACCUACUCGGCCAAAGUAGCUCUGCCUCCUAUUCUCAGGGAGUGCUGUGUCCCUGAGUCAACACACUGCAUUCUGGGAUAGUCUGGAACCCUCUCCAUGGGCUGUACCACCUGCUGACACACCUGGGGGCUCUGGAGGGGUUGUGUUGAAUGAGGAUUGUGCUGCGUGCGGGCAGACUUUCUUUCACAAGGAGAUGAUUCCUCAUGAAGUGCGACGCACUCGGCCCCCCAUCGUCCUCUGCGACAGCGGCAGGUGUGACGUUGUGACGCUCUCCACCUCCACGCUGAGCUCACCCAUCAGUCGCUAAAGAUCCCCAGACGGAACGGACCGCCCUUCCCCCUCCCCUUUUAACCACCCCUCCAUAUCGUCAUCCCUAUCUUUAAUCCUUCCUCACCUGCUUGUUAGGGCCUGGAUUUUCUUUGUCAAGAAAAGGCCUUGGGUGAAGUGGAUAGAGAGGGAAAAGAGACAAGAUUGGGGAAGUUUCAUUUUGUGGCUAAUUAAUGUGAAAUAAAGGACCGGACAUCAAAAAGUGAGAAAGUGAACAAAAGUGACAACGAAAGUGAAAGAACGAGGAAGCAAAACAAGGGGAAAAAAGAAAGCUGUAGUCCAAAACUCGAGGAAGGAUAACGCAAGUAUAGUUGAGGGGCGUGAGGUGAAAUCAGCAUGAAGUCCAACCAGGAGCGCAGUAAUGAAUGUCUGCCCCCAAAGAAGAGGGAAAUCCUCUCUAGCACGCUACCAUCUGAAAAUCGCUCACCUAUCAUGCCACCUGCCACUGAGAGCCAGCGCUCAGAAAACAUGACCUGGCUCGCCAGUGUGGCUGGUGGGAACGAGAGCAGUGUGGGUGCGCACCGUAGCUCCAGUCACUCUGACGGAUCGCAGUAUAAAUCUCCCUCCUCCAUAUCAGACUCUUUGACCUCUGCGUCCUCACUGAGGGUGGUCUCAUCUCUUCCUAGAGUGUACACAUCCCACCUGCCACAGACCACAGUUGGAGGAGCUGUCCAUUACACCCAUCUGCCUCACAAUAUGCAGUUUAUAGCCUCACCUUACACUGCCCCAUACAGUUACAUCCCCUCUCAAUUGCUUCCUCCUCCACCUCCUCCCCCCCUGUCCUCCUCUUCCUCGGCUGCACAGAGACCCUCACACACAGAGACGGCCUCUGCUCCUUCACAGGCCUCCAAGCAGGACCAGCAGCGAGCAUCCACAGGACGUACCUCCAUGCCUCCUCCUUCUACAGACCCUGUCCCUCACCAUGUUCAAAUAUCAACAUCCCCACGGACUGUGCCAUCAUCCCAUCACCAAGGAGGCACUCACCUUUCGCCCCACUCAAUGUACCCUCACCAUACUUUGGGACACAGCAUGUCUCAGGUGGUGGUGCAGUAUACGGAUGGACCCACCAGAAAAGAGCAAGGUGGCUCUCAGAGACCCAGAGAGCUCCACAAUGGAGAGCUGGAAAGGGGCCGGCGGUAUGCCGCGCCACUCGAGUCUAACAUCUCCAAGUCAGGGAGCAAAUCACGGGAUGCCACAUCCUCUUUGUCUUCCUAUGAGGCUCGACAGAUGGUUCUGCCAACAGACUACUCUCCGCAUGAUCCAUCAGGGCUGAGAACCUCUGUCAUGUUAAUGCCCAACAGCCAUGGGGACCACCAGCUGGUACCACCCAGAGCCAGCCCUGAGAAAGUGACAACUUCAGCCCCUGCACACCUGGAGAAAAGUGGCAACAUCAUGGGCAAGCCAGUCAGUCGUGCUCCAUCCUUAUCCAGCACCACCUCCUCUUUCACAUUUCCACCCCCACUAAGUGUAGACAGCCUGAAAGCUGCUGUCAGCACACUGCCACCCCAGACCGUCAUCCAGACCACCCACAACGCCACAGAGCCACUCUCAAUGGGGCUCUCUUCCACCAGUAUCUACCCUCAGCAACCUAUUAUCGGCUAUAUUGCAGGAGGCAGUGGUAGCAGCUACCACACCAGCCUACAGCAACACUUACUCAUUCCAGGCCCCCAACCGGUCAUCAUCCCUGUCAGUGGAGGUGGAGUCACAACAUUGGAGCCUGUAACCUCCCAUGUUACAUCAUCUACCCAAGCUGCACCUUUUCCUACUACACUCCCACAUACGUACAUUGCCGCCACCGCCCCCAAAGGAGAAACUCUGGAGACCCACAGUGGCUCAUUUCACCAGGAUGCCCCAGGUGCAGUGGUCCAAGCCCAGCUUCAUCUCCCCAUUGUUCCUGCUCCACCAGGGCUGGUGGCGACCUCCGCCGCACAUCCCCCCUCUAGUACGGUGCUGCCUCCCUCGCUCCCCCCAUAUUUCAUCAAAGGUUCCAUCAUCCAGUUGGCUGAUGGCGAGCUGAAACGUGUGGAGGAUCUGAAGACAGAGGACUUCAUCCAGAGUGCUGAGAUCAGCAGCGAGUUGAAGAUAGACUCGUCCACAGUGGAGCGCAUUGAGGGGAGCCACACCUCGCCCGACUUUGCUGUGGUUCAGUUCUCCGUUGGUGAACACCGUACACAGGUGAGCGUGGAGGUCUUGUUGGAAUACCCCUUCUUCGUCUUUGGCCAAGGCUGGUCUUCAUGCUGCCCGGACCGGACCACCCAGCUUCUGGAGCUGCCUUGUACCAAGCUUUCUGUAGGCGAUGUUUGUAUUUCACUCACGCUCAAGAACCUGAGGAACGGAUCUCUGAAGAAGACUCAACCCCUGGAGCCGGCCGCCCACGCCUCUGUCCCCUCCAGCCACGGACACCUCAAACCCCCUAGAGCUGUGUCGGACGCUCCUCAGAGCUGCAGUGGAGGAGGUCCCAGGCACAGAGAGCGGGAGAAUGGCAUCAGCCAGCGAGGAAGUGGGGAGAGUGGAAAUGGAGGUAGAGGGAUCUCCGGUGUGGAAAACGGGGAUCUCGUGUUUGGGGAAAGAGUUUCCAAAGGUCAGGUUGUCGGCAGUACAGAAGCUGGCUCUACUAAGCCAUCGGGAAGCAGGAAGCGCAGAUGGUCUGCGCCCGAGGGUCGAAAAGUAGAAAAAUCAGAGGAGGAACCACCUUUGACCCUUCCCAAACCUUCCUUCAUCCCUCAUGAGGUGAAAAUCAGCAUUGAAGGAAGGUCAAAUAUUGGCAAGUGAAGGCUAGCAGGACUGUUAACAACCCAUGAAAUAAAAAAUAAACACAGCUAAAAAGAUUCUACAAAAACCCCAUAAAUGUCCACGGUGAAGGUUCAUUUGUCGUGGUUUUGUUUUUUUGUUUAUUUUUAGUUCACAUCCUGUACUGUAGCGGUAACCUUACCCUACACCUUACAUUAAGUCCAUGUAGUUUAACACCUUUAUGUUUUUUUUUAAUAGAUUGAUUAAUUAUCACAUGAGCAAUCUGUGCAGUUUUGGUGAUUUUCAUGAGAAGAUUUCUGGUCAGGGAUUUCUGACCUGUGCGUUGAAUGUUUAUCGGUUGCUCUGUGGCACACGGGCGCGACAUUCGAUGGCUCUGCUUGGCCGGCGACACAUUACGCUGAAAUUUCCACCCUGAUUGCCCCUAUGGAAAAGAUAUAUAUAUAAAUCUUAUAAAGUUUGUAUCUG